GUGGCUUUGAGAGCACGGAUUUGUUUAUGUUCUGCUGCCUCUUUUUCUCUCGUUAUUAUCGUUACAACACUGCUGGUAAAACUAAACUUACUGGACUAUCGAGCUGUGGGCAGACUGCAGCAGGCUGUGUACCGGUAUGUAGGUGUGACUCCACCUUGUGACGUGGAGAAAGAAAAACGAAACGAAACAGAGCAGCCUUCGUUUCCUGAAGCUGCUAUUUCCAAGUUCAGCAAGUUUAAGUUAAAAUAUAGAUGGGCCAAAUUAUCUCCAGCGCGAUUAAAGGGCUGAGUUAUUUUCAUUUUUGCCUCGAAGAUAAGAUGAUGGAGCUCCAGUAAACUCAGAAGACGGCGUGUGAAGAAGAGGAGAAACAUGGCCACAUCCAGAAAAGAACUCAGGAAGGCGCUGUGGAGCUACACAGCAGACACCCUCGUCUACAUUGACACAGUGAUACGAUUCUGUAAGAGGGUGCCCAAAUGGAUGCUUGGGAUGGAAUCAGAGCUGAACAUGCUCAUGGACAUCAAAGAGAGGGCUGACAACAUCGACCUAAACAUCAAACAUGUUACCCAGUCAGAGAACAAGGGAGAAGCCUUUCUGGAAUAUAUGAAGAGCAAGGUGACACAGGUGACUGCAGACAGCAGACGUGAAGAGCUGGAGAAGGAGUUGGCCGCGGUGCUGAAGGACACUCUGGUGGAGCUGGAGAAGCUCCACCGCUUCCUGGAUGCAGUGGAGAAGCUGGCGGUCACCUCCCUUCAUGUGUUUGAGGAGGAGAGGCAGGUGGUGUUACACCUGCCAGAAGGGGCCAGCCUCGACCAUGUUCAGGUCGUCAUCGCUGCGGCACAGCUGAUCUGCCCUCUGCUUCUCGAGUUUAAAAGAGAUCCACAUGUUUUUUUCAUCCCUAAGCUGCAGAAUGUGGAGGUGCUGGCAUAUCAGCUGGACAGAUACAUCCAGACCACCCAGAGGAUCUGUGGGAUGUUAGAGAAAAGCACCUUGGGUGACUUUACCCUGAAGAUGUCUAAGAAAAGUGCGGUAUCCCUGGAUGCAGAGUUGUCAGAAGACAGUAUACAAAGGAUGCUCUAUCACAUCAACCAGCUGAGCGACAUCAGGAUGAACCAGAACUUCCGCCUGGUGUUCUUGUUUCAUGAUAAAACCUGCUCCAGCUUCCUCAGUGAGUUCAGCGAUCGUAAACCCCGCCUUCUGCAGUCUCUGGAGGAGCUAGAGGAGGUUGCUGUCCAGCUUGACUCCAUGAAUAAGGGAGCGAAGAUUUCCAGUGUGGUGGGCAGCUCAGUGGGGGCGUUAGGAGGCAUACUCUCCAUUGUUGGCUUAGCGUUGAUUCCUGUAACAGCUGGAGUGUCUUUGGGUCUUACUAUGACCGGGGUGGGGCUCAGUAUCACCAGUGGGGUUAAUGGGGCUGUCACCACUGCCACAGAGAUCGGGGUGAACAGCACACAGCAAAAGAAAGCUGGUGAGGUCUUCCAGAGGAUCAUGGAGGACGUGCAGAGUCUCCAGAAUCGUCUGGAAGAGGUCACGGCUCAAACUGUCGCCAAAAUAGAAACAAAUGAGAUAGAUGUUGCUGUGGGAGUGGGCAGGGUGCUUAGCAAAGCUGGGUUCAUUGUGAGAGGCAUUGAUUCACUUGUUGAUGCCGCCUCGGCUGUUAAGGUGUUAAAAAGUGAAGAACUGAUUGCAAGCGCUGGUAAGGUGGUUGCUCAGGAAGGUAAAGCUUUACGUAAUGUCCCAAAGGUGGCUGCAGACAUCCCAGAUAUCGGACAGGCAGCACUUAAAGGGCCUCUGGCCCUCUCCAAGUCUGCCAGGGCCGGUCUCAUCGGGCUCAAUGCUUUUUUCCUGGGCAUGGAUGUCUUCUUCAUCUGCAAAGACAGCAUCAGUCUGUCCAAAGGGAGCGAGACUGAGGUGUCACAGUUUAUCAGAGCCAGAGCUAAGCUUUGGCGCUCAGAGAUCGAUGCAUGGGAGAAAAUGCACGACUCCCUGAGUGACGGUCUGCUGAAAUCAGAGAAAAACAAAGCUAUCCUGGAAACGCCUUUUUACCCAGAAAUGGAGAUGAAGGUGGAGAAAGAAAAAGAAGUUGAAAUGGGACUGCCUCCUGACGAAGUGGAUGAAAAAAUGGAAGAAGGAGGAAAAACUUGUACUGUACAGUAGAUCUCAGAGGUUACCAUGUGCC